AUGCGGAUGUCCAGAAAGCUUUGGUACACUAUCCUUGCUGUUCUGGUAGUCUACCUGUUUCUUCAGGCGCGCCAGCUUGUCAUAAGGUUCAAAGAUGAGGAACGUUUAAAUAGAUAUCCAAACUACCCCUACGCCAGUGAGAAAUUAACAGAUUCUAAAUGCAGUCCGAGAACGAACAUAGCUUUUGUGAAGACGCACAAAACUGGGAGUACAACUUUUAUGAAUAUCCUACAACGGUUUGGUUUCAGCAGGGAUCUAACCUUCAUACUGCCAAGACAAGGCCUUGUCUACCUUGGGCCACAUCGCCUCACUCUCAAUUCUUGGUCAAUUCUUCCACGUCCGGUGAACAAAACCUUCAACAUAUUGUGCAACCAUGUUGUCUACAACAAGGAUACGUUCCAUAGGUUCUUGCCAAACGACACGGUGUAUAUAAGCAUUCUACGACAUCCUCUUCGGCGGUUCCUUUCUGCUUUUUGGUACUAUUCUCACGUUCACCCACAGGAUUACUUACUUAAAAUCAAGGGAGAUAACAAAGUACAGACUUUUCUUCAGAAUCCGUCGUUGUUUGAAGCAGGGGUACAGUACACUAACAAUGCUAUGGCCACCGACCUGGGACUUUCACCCGUUAAUUUCCACCAGAAGAGCGAAAUCAUGCGGUACAUAUGCGACAUUGACAGAGAUUUCACACAGGUUCUUAUUCUUGAGCUUUUUGAUGAAUCAUUAAUCCUCCUAAAACGAAAACUUUGUUGGGAUCUUGGAGAUAUUCUAUACCUGCCAAAAAACGAACGCACCAACCUGGACAAUAGUACGAUUAUCUUCCACAGUAACCUUACUAAAGAAGAUAUACACAGACAUGAAAUAUGGGAUCAGGCAGAUUUUCAAUUUUAUAAUCAUUUUAAACAAAAACUGAUGCAGGAGAUAAGCUCUCUGGAGCCUCACUUUUCCGAAGAGGUAUUGCACUUUAAGCAACUAAGAAAGACUGUGUCCUCUUAUUGUCAACAGGAAGUGAAGCAUGAUAACCGACAGAUGCCGUUGAGCAUACCGGAGAGUGCAUUUAACCGACAUAUUGUUGUGACUCCUCAAGACUGUGAACUUCUGUUGAUAAGAAGUGAAGAGAGGUUUACUGAAAUUUUAAUACAUAAACAAUAUCCUGAUUUACAACAUCUUAUUUUCAGGAAAAAAGAUCGUAAGGGAAGAAGUUAA